AUUUAUGUUUAUAUUCUCCCCGUCAAUUUCGUAGCAAAUAUCACACAAUUUUUCUUCAAUAUUUUUACUUAUACACAGCAAAAACGAGAGAAAGAGAGAGAGAAGAAAAGUUUCUCUCUUUGGGGUUCUGUGAAAACCAAAAUCGAAAUCGCAUCAUAAUCUUAAAUCUCUCUUCUUUCUACGAAUUUUCAUGUUUAUGUUCCCUCUCUCUUGAUUCUCCACCAUUUCACUAUUCACAUAUUUUUUUUUUAUUGAUAAAGUUUUCUCCUUUUUUUGAGUUUUACGAGAGGAUUUUUCAAAGGUCUAAACUUUCUUGGGAUCUAUCAGAUUGUCUUGAAACUAAUGCUUACGGGUUUUAACAGGUUGAUUGAUUGAUCAUACCACCAUGGAUAUGCAUCAUCUCUGAACCAAUGGGGAAACAUUUCUGACAUUUAAUGGAUCCUCAAGCUUUCAUUCGUCUUUCGGUUGGCUCUCUUGCUUUGAGAAUUCCCAAGGUCCUUAUAAACUCUACUUCAAAAUCUAAUGAGAAGAAGAACUUUUCUUCUCAAUGCUCUUGCGAAAUAAAACUACGAGGCUUUCCUGUUCAAACAACAUCUAUCCCUUUGAUGCCGUCCCUUGAUGCAGCUCCUGACCAUCACAGUAUUUCCACUAGCUUUUAUCUUGAAGAAUCUGAUUUAAGAGCUCUUUUGACACCUGGAUGCUUCUAUAGUCCUCAUGCUCACUUGGAAAUCUCGGUUUUCACGGGUAAAAAGAGUUUGAAUUGCGGUGUUGGUGGCAAAAGACAGCAGAUUGGGAUGUUUAAGUUGGAGGUAGGUCCUGAAUGGGGAGAAGGAAAACCAAUGAUUCUUUUCAAUGGUUGGAUCAGUAUUGGAAAGACCAAGCGGGAUGGUGCUGCAGAGCUUCAUUUGAAAGUGAAACUUGAUCCUGAUCCUCGAUAUGUUUUUCAGUUUGAGGAUGUUACUACCUUGAGCCCUCAGAUAGUUCAGCUCCGUGGCUCGGUCAAGCAACCUAUCUUCAGUUGCAAGUUUAGCAGAGACAGGGUGUCACAGGUGGAUCCGUUGAAUGGGUACUGGUCAAGUUCAGGCGAUGGAACUGAGCUUGAGAGUGAGAGACGUGAAAGAAAAGGAUGGAAGGUGAAGAUACAUGAUCUCUCUGGCUCUGCAGUUGCUGCUGCUUUCAUAACAACUCCUUUUGUUCCAUCCACUGGAUGUGAUUGGGUCGCAAAGUCCAACCCGGGUGCUUGGCUUGUGGUCCGGCCUGACCCAUCUCGACCAAACAGCUGGCAGCCAUGGGGAAAGCUCGAAGCUUGGCGGGAACGCGGGAUCAGAGACUCCGUGUGUUGCAGAUUCCAUCUUCUAUCAAACGGUCUAGAAGUUGGAGAUGUUUUAAUGUCUGAAAUCCUCAUCAGCGCUGAGAAAGGUGGGGAAUUUUUAAUCGACACGGAUAAACAGAUGCUAACAGUUGCAGCUACACCAAUUCCAAGCCCGCAGAGUAGUGGAGACUUCUCAGGGUUGGGACAGUGUGUCUCUGGAGGUGGGUUUGUAAUGAGCUCGAGAGUGCAAGGGGAAGGGAAAAGCAGCAAGCCCGUUGUACAAUUAGCUAUGAGACAUGUAACUUGUGUGGAAGAUGCAGCCAUUUUCAUGGCACUUGCUGCAGCUGUUGAUCUUAGCAUUCUUGCUUGUAAACCUUUUAGGAGAACGAGUCGGAGAAGGUUCCGGCAUUACUCCUGGUGAAGAAAGGAACUCUCUUUUGUGUGUUUUAGUGUACAGUUUUUGAAUUGGACUCAAAGUCUCAUUGUAUUAGGAAGAAACUGGCUUAAGGAUUAAGAAAUUUCACUCUUCUCAG